GGCAACCAAACUUGCCGUCGAUCUCCUGUUUCCCAAUUUAAAUAGCCAAACUCCAUUUCGCUGCCCAAAAUUUUCAAACACCAAACCCCCAAAUCGAUACCGUCAUAGCAGCUAUACUCGCCUAGCUACCACCACCGCAACCAUCUCUCCGCCUCCGGCCAUUGCCGAACUGCAAAUGGCGAGGCUGCAGGAGGAGAGGGCGGCGGAGGAGAUGCAGAUGAGGGAGGCGGCGAAGGGGUGGUGGGUGAUCCUCGUCUCCGUCCCGCACGUUGCCCACGACGAGUUCCACUUUCCUCCGGGCACCGAGCUCCGGUUAAACUUCGGCGCCCCUCCGUUCGCCUCCCGCAUCACCGUGCCCCGCCGCAUCGCCCCGGACCGCAAGGCCAUCGACAACUACCCCUACCUCGCCGCCGCCGACGAACGCCACGGCCGCCUCCUCCUCUACGCCACCCAGGGACCCGACCCGGAGCCGCGCCCCGCCCUCGACGCGUUCUACCUCAGGCCGCUCGGCGUGCACCACGGCUUCGCCAAGGCCUACUUCAUCUGCGACACGACCACCCGCGAGGCCAGCCGCCUCCCUGACCCCGACCACCCGUUCGCCAUCCUCUAUCCAGGCAACGUCGGCCUCCUCUGCUACUCCAUCAGCUUCUACGUCGCCGAGCUCCAGCCCGCUCCCGCGUCCGGCACCGCCACCCUCCUCCUGUACCGCUCCGAUUCCGACGCCUGGGUCGACGAGGAGCUCAGCUACCCGCCGCACGACCGGCCGUGGGGCGGCAACGGCAUGGUCUCACACCAGGACAGGCUCUGGUGGGUGGACCUCUCCUAUGGCCUCCUCACCUGCGACGUCGUCUACGGCGACGACCCCCCGGACCUGCACUACGUACCGCUCCCGCAGGACAGCGAGCUGCCCGCCGGCACGCCGGACCUCGAGAAGCGCCGCUGCGUCGGGGUGAGCGCCGGCCGUCUGCGGUACGUGCAGAUCGACGACGAGCCCGACGGCGACCCGAUCGUCAGGAUGUGGACGCUGCUCGAUGAAGAUGCCGGGGAGUGGGGCUUCGACUGCGCGGCGAGCUUCGUGGCGAUCUGGGACGACGAGGCCUACAAGGCGACCAAGCUGCCGCGGCAGGUCCCCGCGGUGGCGCUCAUCCACCCCACGGGCCCCGGCGACGUGGUCUACUUCUUCCUGCGCUCCCGGAUCUUCGCCGUGGACGUGCGCGCGCGCAGGCUCCUCGAGUGGCGGUUCUUCGAGAUGCUCCACCCGCCGAUGCGCUACCAUUCGUCCCAGUUCGUCCGUGCCUGGAACCUGCCAACUUUGUUCCAGUGAGAUUUUGGUAUGCAUUUAGACUUUUAGUAACUGCAUAACCUUGCCUGAUGUUGGUGUGGAUGCUAACAGUGUGGCAGUCAGUGAGCAAUGUUGAUUUUGUACUGAUAAUGAGUUGCCAUGUUUUAACCUGACAAGAUAGCAUGCAUACCAAAAUCCUUGUUCAUUAGUAGUAGUGCAGCACUACUAAUUGUAAUCUGUGGUACAAGUAUACUACUUCAUGCAUCAUGGGAUUACUCCA